GUUUAAGCGUUGACGUCUGAAGUUAAGAAGAAUUUGUCAAUAAAUAUCGUUGUUUUUGGUUGUUUGUAAAUGUGUGUUGUGCUCAUUUCUCUGUAGAAUAUUAAUUUAUUAUAUCUAUUUGUAUAUUUCUCACAAUUGUUAUAGAAUCGCCAAUAUUUAAACACGAUUUAAAAAAAAAAAACAGCACGCUUCAACGACUUGCUUGGACCUGGUGCUGUACAAUAUGCCUAAAGUACGUCGUAGUCGUAAGCCUCCACCAGAAGGAUGGGAGUUGAUUGAACCCACUCUUGAAGAGUUAGAACAAAAAAUGCGAGAAGCGGAAACGGAGCCACAUGAAGGAAAGAGAAAACAAGAGUCACUGUGGCCAAUAUUCAAAAUCCACCAUCAAAAAUCGCGAUAUAUCUAUGAUCUGUUCUAUAGACGUAAAGCAAUCAGCCGAGAACUCUACCAGUACUGUUUGAAUGAGAAAAUAGCAGACGCAAAUCUUAUAGCCAAGUGGAAGAAGACAGGGUAUGAAAACUUGUGCUGCCUGCGAUGUAUACAGACGAGGGACACAAAUUUUGCUACAAAUUGCAUAUGUAGGGUGCCUAAAAGUAAGUUGGAAGAGGGCAGAAUAGUUGAAUGCGUGCAUUGUGGAUGCAGGGGCUGUUCAGGAUAGAUAUAAUGUGUGUUUGUGUUGGCAGUAACUACUGGAUACUAAUAAAAUAAAUAAUUCAUUAAUUGAUAUUAUGUUUAGUUUUAA